AUGGAAAAAUACACUUCCUUCGGCGGUGAAAAUGUGAACCCCGCUUAUGAGAAGUCCAUAGACGAGCCUCCUCUCUACGAGGAGACCUCCUUCUCAGGUACGACCGGGAACGGCUACCCAAAUGGAGACAGGACUGACUGCAGGAAGACUAGGCCCUCGGUCAUCAGCGCCUUCGGCCACAACACGCUGGACCGAGUGCCACGGAUCGACUUCUACCGCAACGCGGGCAGCGUCAGCGGGGUUCGUGCCGUGAGGCCCUCCCUGCAGGAGCUCCACGAUGUCUUCCAAAAGAAUGAUGUGGUGGCAACCCCCGAGACUGUUGGUGAGAUGGCAGAAAGUGAUGGGUCCCCCAAUGAUGAUGUGGAGUCCGUCGCUCCGGAGGAGAACACAGACGGAGUUGUUAAGUUUGGCUGGAUAAAGGGCGUGCUGGUACGAUGCAUGCUGAACAUCUGGGGAGUCAUGCUGUUCAUCCGCCUUUCAUGGGUGUUCGGUCAGGCUGGCAUCGGUCUGGGAAUCGUGGUCAUUAUUCUGAGUGUUGUGGUGACCACCGUCACUGGCCUUUCCAUGUCUGCCAUCUCUACCAACGGAGUCGUAAGAGGAGGGGGGGCCUACUACUUGAUCUCACGCAGCUUGGGACCCGAGUUUGGUGGCUCCAUUGGCCUGAUUUUCGCAUUUGCCAAUGCAGUGGCAGUAGCCAUGUAUGUGGUCGGGUUUGCAGAGACAGUGGUGGACAUUCUCAAGGAAAACGAUGCCAUCAUGGUGGAUAACGUUAACGACAUCCGAAUCAUUGGUUGCAUUACGGUGGUUUUGCUUCUGGGGAUCUCAGUUGCUGGGAUGGAGUGGGAGGCAAAGGCCCAGAUCGUCCUGCUGGUUAUACUUCUGGUGGCCAUUGUCAAUGUGUUUGUAGGGACAGUCAUCCCUGCCACUGAAGACAAGAAGUCCAAAGGCUUCUUCAAUUACCAUGCAUCCAUAUUUGCUGAAAACUUUACGCCAAACUUUCAAGAUGGAGAGACCUUUUUUUCUGUCUUUGCCAUCUUCUUCCCUGCGGCCACCGGUAUUCUGGCAGGAGCAAACAUCUCUGGGGACCUUAAGGAUGCUCAGGACGCAAUCCCAAAAGGAACUUUGCUGGCUAUCCUAAUCACCGCACUUACCUAUUUGGCUGUAGCCAUCUGUGUUGCGUCAACGGUUGUGCGGGAGGCAACUGGUAACACGAACGACACCAUUGCGGCUGGGGCGAGCUGCAAUUAUUCAGUUGCGUGCGAUUUUGGGUACGACUUCUCACCCUGCGCGAAAAGUGACUGCAAAUUCGGCAGUAUGAAUAACUUCCAGGUUAUGACCAUGGUGUCUGGUUUCGGGCCUCUCAUCACGGCUGGAACGUUCUCUGCGACUCUUUCUUCAGCCUUAGCCUCCCUUGUUAGUGCACCCAAGGUCUUCCAGGCGUUGUGCAAAGACAACAUCUACAAGGCGCUGCACUUCUUUGCCAAAGGACACGGCAGAAACAAUGAGCCUCUCCGUGGCUAUGUCCUCACCUUCAUCAUUGCAGUGGCCUUCAUUCUGAUAGCUGAACUCAACAUAAUAGCUCCCAUAAUUUCAAACUUCUUCUUGGCUUCCUACGCCCUCAUCAACUUCUCCUGCUUCCAUGCCUCCUAUGCAAAAUCACCAGGUUGGAGGCCUGCGUAUAGGUACUACAACAUGUGGCUGUCUCUGUUCGGAGCGGUGCUCUGCUGUGCUGUCAUGUUCGUCAUCAAUUGGUGGGCAGCCUUACUCACAUAUGGCAUCGAGAUCUUCCUCUACAUCUAUGUCACAGUGAAGAAACCAGAUGUAAACUGGGGUUCCUCUACUCAGGCAGUGACUUUUGUCAAUGCUGUGAACAACGCGCUUACGUUAACAGGAGUAGACGAGCACAUCAAGAAUUUCAGGCCACAGUGCAUAGUGCUGACUGGAGCACCGAAAACCAGACCAGCUCUGCUCGACAUUGCUCAUGCCUUCACCAAGAACUACGGUCUGUGCCUCACAUGCCAAGUUUUUGUGGGGCCGAGGACAGAGAAGAUUCAGGAGAUGAACGCAGACAUGGAGAUUCACCAGUCAUGGCUCAACAAGAAAAAACGUAAAGCGUUCUAUACUGCGGUGGCCAGCGAUAAUUUCAGGGAAGGAGUCCAGAGCCUCCUGAAAGCUUCGGGUCUUGGUCGACUCAGACCAAACACAGUGGUGAUAGGGUUCAAGAAAGACUGGAGGAGCGUGGACACAGCGGAUGUUCAAAACUACGUUGGUGUGCUGCAUGAUGCGUUUGACUUCGAGUACGGAGUAAUACUGCUGAGGAUCAGCCAGGGACUUGACAUCAUGCAUAUCCUGCAGGCAGAAGAGGAAAUGGAGAGACUGGCAUUAGAACAGCAGGCCUUGGAGGGCGUAGAAUUCCAGGAGCAAGGUGGUAAAGGCCUGUUUAGGAGGUCCAGGAACCCAUCUAAACAAACCCCUGAGAAAAAAAUGUCUGUGAACGUACCUCAGGCUCCUCAGGUGGCUAAGGUUAACCAGAGGUUGGUGGAGGCCAGCACUCAGUUCCAGAAGAAGCAGGCCAAAGGCACUAUUGAUGUGUGGUGGCUCUUCGAUGAUGGAGGCCUCACUCUCCUGAUCCCCUACAUCCUGACCACACGGAAGAAGUGGAAGGACUGCAAGAUGAGGGUCUUCAUCGCGGGGCAGGCCGACCGCAUCGAGCAGGACAAAGAGGAGAUGCAGGCCCUUCUGGCGAAAUUCAGGAUCAAAUGCAUUGACAUCAACGUCAUUGCUGACAUAAACAGUAAACCAAACUCAGAGAGCUGGAGGACAUUUGAGGACAUGAUCGCGCCAUUCCGCCUUCACGAGGGCACCAAAGAGACAGCCCAUGCCGAAACAUUGAGGAAGGACAACCCGUGGAAGAUUACCGACGCAGAGCUGGAGAUGUUUGAGGAGAAGACAUACCUCCAAGUCCGAAUAAACGAGCUGCUACAGGAGAACUCUAGAGCUGCUAACCUUAUCAUUGUGAGCAUGCCCAUUGCUAGGAAGGGAUCUGUCUCUGACCACCUCUACAUGGCCUGGCUGGACAUCCUCACAAAAAAUCUUCCACCUAUCAUGCUCGUAAGAGGAAAUCACAAGAGCGUACUGACCUUCUACUCUUAA